GAUGAUGAUAAGCCAAGACCACCAUUUUAUGAGGAAGAUAUACUUGAAGGUUUGAUUUCCUUUAACCAUGAUAUUAUCAGAGUGUGUCAUGAUCCAAUUCCUUCGGAGGUUGAACAAGUUGUUGGCAGAACAGAAUUAGCUUUUGAGGCUUUGAAAAUCAUUUAUUUGCCAUCAUAUAUUUGUUUUGAAAAAUAA